UUGACCGGCCAUCUGCGCGACCCUGCUGCAAAGACGACAUGACUCCUCUUCUCUUAAAACUCCGAUCCCCUCUUUCUCAAUCACCUGCACACUGCCUGCCAUCUUGACCUCAUCCUCCAACGGUCUACAACUGGCAUCACAUUCGUUAACACUUCUUAUUCGUCGGGACCUGGUCCGCUGUGGCUGUGGCUGUGCCGUUUACAACUGCGCCGUUUAACCCCCCUCUCGUCCCAUCAUCUUUUUACCACUACCAUCAUUCGUAAUCUACCCCUCGCCGUUGAUCGAAGAUUACAAUGUUCAAGACUCCAUCGUUCAAGUCUUUUAAUAGACCUAACGGACGCAGUCGCUCUCAAAGCAAAAAGAGUUCGUUUGCCCAUCCUCGAUCAUAUCGACAAUCAACAUUAACGACACAAACAGAUAACGACGAUAACAUUACAUUGGAUACGAUGUUCCAACCAACGGAACAGUCUUCAGGCUCUGCCUUUGCUCACCGUUUGACAAGACCACUAACAAAGCACAAUUCUACAUGUCUCGGCAAAGCUGAGACUAGCUCCACGUGGACCACUCCUAUCAACACUACGAAUGAUUACGCCGAAGAUGCCCGGGCUUCAUUCUCCAACGACUCACCUUUGAGCUUUACUGGAUCUGCAUCUUUCCAAAACCAUGACUCGCCUUCCAGGUCUGCUAGCAAUCUGCCUAACCACGGGGUCAGGUCGAGAAAGGUUUCACACUCGUCGGAAAAUGCCUCUAAACGUCACACCUUUGCUGCAGACAAUUCGGAUGUCGAUGUUGCUGCAGCCAUUGCUCUUUUGCAAGAGCUGAAGAAGAGAGCUUCGCCGGAAGAUCUGAUCCUUCUCCACAAGGCAUUGUUACCAACCAGAAAUGUCGAGCGAGCAACAUCUCCCGCAAAACCAGAGGCAAAGGAAUACCAAGAACCCAUCUCUCCUCUUAUAAGAAGAAGCUCGUUGCUUCCUGCCGGUGUCAAGACACGCCUAUCUCGUGAGCUUCUCAGGAACUACUCUGAUAACAAUGUGACCGUUCGUUCAGCGUCUGCUUCUAGACAACACAAGCCAGCGGAGUCUCCGAGACUCGAUGUGCCACUCGACUUCGAAGCCCUGGAUCUGGCCGAGGGAAAGACUGAAACACAAGGAGGUCGCCCAACUACACCAUCAGACUUCUACCCGCAGAUCGGCACAUACAAGAUGGGUUCCCUGCGUAUUACCAACGGAGCUGCUUCGCCUGAGCCAGCUCGUCUUCUUCGCCGGGCUGAGAAGGCAGGUGCCCAACCGAAAAUCCCAGCACCAGAGUCGGUCUCCGGUGACGGUUUUAUUACUGCCGAUGAAGGAGAGUCCAGCCCUGAAUGUGUACGACCCAGUCGAGCCACAGUCGUCUCUCUGCGAGCACCUCGAAGAAGCUCGGAGCAACAGGAAGCCCGAACUGCCUCCGACGUCAGAGCAAGGUCCAAGAGCAGAGGUCCACCGGCCCGUCGCAGUAUUGAGGACGAGAUGAACAGAUCUGCUCCUCGUCAAUCAAGUCGUCCACAAGUCACACAGCGUGCUUCUGAGUACGCCCAGGAGUAUGCAUCCGAGUUCAACACACUAGAGAACCCUCACAUGAACAGCCCGGUAUUGACGACUACCGUCUCACGAUUGAGUACGGUACACGACGAGUCACCUGUCGAGGACGGUAUCAGUGCCCGCGAAGAGGCUUUGAGAAGACUUACUGGCGAGGCUCCUCACGCGAACGAGCGCAGUCAGUUGUCUCAAACUCAGAAACACCUUAGUGUUGCUCGACCUCCCAUGAAAAAGAGCGACAGUGGGUACAGUUCCGAGGCAUCGAGAAGAUCGAUCGUUAAGGAAAGCAACUGUGACGAGUUUCUUUCAGCAGCCCUCUCGGCUGCAGAUUCGGCUGAGCGCACCCGCUCUAAGGAGUCUCCUGGCGCCGCGUCUGCUAGACCAUCUUUGGAACAGAUUAACGAGGAGAAGGUAUCUUCCCCUAGUUCUCCGUAUAUCCAACAACAAAUCUCGGCGGUGCAAAAGGCAGAAAGACACAGGAGUCUGCCAAGUUUCUUCUACAAGAAAUCAUCCUCGAGUACCUCGGUCAACACUAUCGCUACUACUCCUGUCACUCCUCCGGCUAAGCAGACGAGAAAGCUUCAAAAGUCUCGUCCCAGAUCGCAAGUCAUUGUCCCACAGACAGUGCAAGAACCCCAGCCAGAGCCCGAACUCGAACCUGAGUUUGUACCUGGUGCCUCAGAGGAUCUUUCUGUCAACUUCUCUCGCCCCACUCGUCGCAUGGAGCGCGGGCCAUCUGCCUCUCCUCAGACGAAACAGCCCGAGGAUGACAAUGAUGCUCGUGGAAGAGGUCGUAGCCGCAAGCAAGACGCCACCUCGCAAGCUGCGAGUGCUGCAGACUCACCCGAUGGAACCACGAGAAGGAGAAGCAGAAGUUUCUUCCGUUUCCGUAGUCGCAGCAGAAGCAAGAGCCAACACCGUCGUGACGAGGAUAUUACUGUCCUCUCGGUGGCCGACGAACCUCUGCCCACUCACGACUUCUCAGACUUUGGCACGGUCGCACAAUCUCUUGGCCAAUCGCCUUACGACAUUGCUACGAGACGUGUCAAGCACAUGGGUGCAUACGAUCCAUCCAAACCUUGGUUCCACCCACAUGAGCUUAGUCGUGCUGCUCCUGGCCCCGAUUCUAGCUCGGAAGUACAACAAAGUCGUGGCAAGUCGGUCGAUCGUAGCAGACAGGACAGAGCACGCAGUCAAAGCCGUCCUCGUGAGUCAACUGAUAACGUGUUGUCAGGAUCGAGACCGGUGACAAGAGGAAAGUCGAGAAGAUCUCAGAGCGCUCACAGUGUUGCGGUUCCGAGAGUACCAGAGGCGGUGCCAGAGUUACCAAAGCCGGUUGAGACGAUGUCCGGUACCUUCUCUCGUCCAGCUUCUAAGGACGGCAACGUGAGAGUUGGCACCAUCGACUUUGGAACUGGCUUUGGCCAAGGUCGCUUGGAGCCUAUUCUCACCAACACUGAGAAGGCUAAGACAAGGCGUCGUACACAGUCUGUUUCUCCGAGAGUCCGACCUAGCAGCUCAGUGAUUCCAGAGGAGCCGAUGCCCGAACGUCCUGUUCAACAGAGAACUCAAACAUCUCCUCAAGAGCUUACCAAGGCACCUGUACGUGAGCUUCCGCCAGUACCUACACAGAAGCCCUCGCAGGCCUCGCCUCUCGAGCUGCCUCAGAUUCCGUCUCGGGCCCCUCCAAAGGUACCCACACACGGAAAGCAGCCCAACAACAAGCAACCCGUACUGUCGGUAACCACAAAGCCCACCCAGACCAUGGGAUCAAUGUCUGUGCCUCACACACCUGCUUCACCAGCAUCCCCCUCAAAACGAUCAUCCUGGGACAGCCAAGCUUUGGCCUGGCGUGCGCGCAAGCAAAGCAUUGGAGAGAUGCUUUCAUCUCCUGCACACGAAAGAAAGAGCUACAUCUCAUCAAACUCACCUGAGAUCCAGGCUUACUCGCCCACUUCUCAGACACCCCGUCGCGCUCCCACCGUGGUAGUCUCUCGCUACAUCACCCCAAACAGCUCCGAAUUCGCCAUGCACUUGGGCGAAGAAGACCCCUACAGAAAGCUCCACUCCGAGAACCCUACCGACCUGCGUCCCGCUCAGGAGGAUGUCGAACGCACCGAUUCCAGCUCGACCUACCGCACCGCGACCUCCGAACGCUCGCAAGAUAGCUUCGCAUCAAAAGACAGUGCCAAAUACCGCCCUUAUCGUUCUACCGAGAACAACACCCCGGAGAAGGUCUCCACUCCUACUCCCAGAAGCAACACCACGCAGAAGAGAUCCAGCCGUGUCAUGGAGCAGCCUCGCCCUCAGCGUCGUUCCACCGCACCGCCGGAGAACCAAGAUGUCGCCUUUGACAGAUUCUCUGGUGGCCUUGGAUAUGGCUGGGAACGUGGUAUUGGAUUCGGCGGCAGUGCUGGCACCAGGCAGAAGAACGACACCAAGGCUGCCAGAAAGAGUGUGGCCAUCAGUCAAAACUUUGGUGUCGAUUUGAGCGAUGUUCCCGUUUUCAUGGUCAGAAACUAGGUGAAAGGAGGGAAAGCAUGGAGGAAGGGAAAUGGAAGGAAUCCAAGGAAUCCAAGGGCUCAUGGAAAGGAGGAAGGAGGAAGGAAGGAAAGACCAUGCCUGUUUUUGGCUACGAAUUAGUUAUGUUUUAUACAAUCCAUUAAUAAUGUCUAUAGAUUCUAUUCAAUUACUUUUACUCGAUCAUGAAAGAAUGAAUUUCCACCUUUUCGCUUCUGCAAACACCAUAGGAGACGAACACGAACUGCGUCAAUGU